AAAAAAACCAGCCCCAUCUAGUCUGGCCUUCUCCCUCUCUUUGGAAAACUUGUCGCAGGCGUAUCCCCUAAUCACCAUCGGAUCUCCCAAAUUUCGCGUCAUUCCGGCAAGCCCUAGCUCGGAUCAUCGGAAUUUUGUAGCUGUAACCGAUUACAAUUGCUGCCAAUUCGAAUUGAGGAUCGAAAUCUACAUACCUUCCACAUACGUGUGCGUCUACCUAUUGCGGAGCCGCGUAUGCGUAUGAAAAGAACCUGAUCGACUCACUUAAUUCAGGCUCAGGAUAGAGUUCCAGGAAGAAAAAUGGUGAAAUUGACUAUGAUUGCUCGUGUUACUGAUGGCCUUCCAUUAGUGGAGGGGCUGGAUGAUGGCCGAGAUAUGCCAGACGUGGAUUACUACAAAAAGCAGGCCAAGGCGUUGUUCACAAAUCUGUCAAGGGGCCAGAAUGAGGCUUCCAGAAUGUCUAUUGAAACCGGUCCUUAUGUUUUCCAUUAUAUCAUUGAAGGGCGAGUUUGUUAUCUGACAAUGUGUGACCGUGCUUAUCCUAAGAAGCUUGCUUUUCAAUACCUUGAAGACCUUAAGAAUGAAUUUGAACGUGUAAAUGGUAGUCAAAUCGAAACUGCUGCCAGACCUUAUGCUUUUAUAAAAUUUGAUACAUUCAUACAGAAAACAAAGAAACUAUACCAGGAUACAAGAACCCAGCGGAACGUUGCAAAGUUGAAUGAUGAACUUUAUGAAGUACACCAGAUUAUGACUCGCAAUGUACAAGAAGUUCUUGGUGUCGGGGAAAAAUUGGACCAGGUGAGUCAGCUUUCUAGCCGUUUGACUUCUGAAUCUCGCAUAUAUGCUGAAAAGGCAAGAGAUUUGAAUCGCCAGGCCUUGAUUCGUAAAUGGGCACCUGUAGCGGUAGUGCUCGGCGUUGUAAUCCUCCUGUUCUGGGUUAGGAAGAAGAUUUGGUGAUGGAUGUCGGGGAGCCUUUGCUUAGUUUGCAUGAAGAUGCCACCUACAGAGGCAGAAGAAAGUCAUCUCUCACGUGUUCCAUUAUACUGGCUUAUCUCAAGUGGUUUUACCCCUUGUUUGAGAAUCAAAAGAUACAAACAGAAGCAAGUUAUUAUUGACAACUUUAGGGAGCUCAUUGUCAUUGUAGGGCUCGUACAGACUUCAUUACCUUGUCUAUCUGAUAUUUGUCCUUUCAUCACUUCUUGCAUCAAAUUUUCCUACAUUGACAAUUGCGAGAAAUUUGGAGGAUAUUUGGUCAAAUUCUUUCUUGCGGA